AUGAACGAGCUCGAAGCACUCAGACAGGAAGCGGAAACGCUAAAAAAUGCAAUACGUGAUGCGCGCAAAGUAGCCUGUGAUACAUCGCUAGUACAGGCUACGAAUAACCUGGAACCUAUCGGUCGAAUACAGAUGCGCACAAGACGCACCCUGCGGGGUCAUUUAGCGAAGAUCUAUGCUAUGCAUUGGGGCAGUGAUUCACGAAAUCUUGUGUCCGCUUCCCAGGACGGAAAACUGAUUGUAUGGGACUCCCACACGACGAACAAGGUGCACGCUAUUCCGUUGCGUUCGUCUUGGGUAAUGACUUGUGCGUAUGCUCCAUCCGGGAAUUUUGUGGCCUGCGGUGGCUUGGAUAAUAUUUGUUCCAUUUAUAACCUAAAAACAAGGGAAGGUAACGUCCGAGUGUCGCGUGAACUACCCGGCCACACGGGGUACCUCUCGUGCUGCCGAUUUCUAGAUGAUAACCAAAUUGUGACCAGCUCUGGUGACAUGUCUUGCGGACUGUGGGAUAUCGAGACCGGUCAGCAGUGUACAUCGUUUCUCGGACAUACCGGUGACGUGAUGGCAUUGUCCGUUUCGCCUCAGUUCCGCGUGUUCGUUUCGGGAGCUUGCGAUGCUUCCGCUAAGCUAUGGGACAUUCGAGAGGGUCAGUGCAAGCAAACUUUCCCGGGACACGAGAGCGAUAUAAACGCCGUCACAUUCUUCCCGAAUGGGCACGCGUUUGCGACCGGCUCCGAUGACGCCACCUGUCGGCUCUUUGACAUCCGAGCCGACCAGGAGCUGGCCAUGUACUCUCACGAUAAUAUCAUCUGCGGCAUUACCUCGGUAGCGUUUUCAAAGUCUGGCCGAUUGCUCCUGGCGGGCUACGACGACUUCAACUGUAACGUUUGGGACACACUCAAAGCGGAACGGGCCGGCAUUCUGGCCGGUCACGAUAACCGCGUGUCCUGUUUAGGCGUCACGGAAAACGGUAUGGCCGUCGCCACCGGAUCGUGGGAUUCUUUCCUACGAGUAUGGAACUAAGCUAGUCGUG